AAUUCGAUUAGAAAGGGAGAAUCAGCUAAGGGAUGUAGUUUGGGAAGUGGGGAUCAACAUGUUACUAGAUGGGGGCCGGGGAGAGUGUUGCUAAAGUAGAGGCCUCAACUCAGACGGAGCUAGAGGAGGCGGGGCCCGGGGCCCGCAGGAAGAAGGGAAGCUCAAGCAUAUUAAAGAGCUGGAAGAAAGGAUUAGGAAGCACUGCUUCAACUCCAAGCAGCAAGGAUCAGUACCCUCCGGAGAUACUGGCUUUCUCACCAGAUGAGAUCAAAGAUAUGAUACUGCUGUAUAAAGAGAAGCAGGAGGCGAUAGAUCGCUCCUCUAUUCGUGGAUCAGUGCAGUCGAAGAAGGACCUCUACAACGCGCUGAACAAGGAUAAUGACAGCAAAGCAGCCAACAACAGACCCAGAGUUGAUCCCAACGCCCUUCAUCGCCAGAAUCACCCGAAAGGGUACCUGACUAAGAUCACGACCGACUACGAGGCGAAGCAUGACGAAGAGCUCUCUGUUCAAAAAGGAACCAUGGUCAAGGUAUUGCGUAACCACAAAGAUGGUAGAUAUGAGAUUUACACAGCUGGUGGAUUCGGUUUGGUACCGGGAAAAGUCCUCGCUUACAUUCAAUACGAGCCGGAUUACAACUGACUUACAUCCAAUACGAGCCGGAUUUCAGAUGCUCCUCCAAACCCCCUUCCGUAUCAGAAAAGUAUCUUUUGCCUUUUAGGUCAAAGUUUGACGGGUUUGGGUGUUCGAGAAUAUUUAUUGUCUUUCUCACCUAGAUAAAUUUUAUGAUAACCCUGACAGGCAUGUGUAAUAUUUGAUAAUUUUGUCUGGCGAUAAUUUUAAUCCAAAAACUCAUCAGGCUUUUUGGUGUAUCAGCCACGUGCGAAGUCUAGAUUUUAAAUUAUUGGAUAAAAAUACGUCCUUUUUUGAGCUGCAUUGGCUCUUAACAAUUAUCAAUGUAAUCGAGAUAUCGAAACGAUUAUUGUCAGAAACGAUGGUUGUAUUUUAAAAGUUUAUGUUAAUUUUAUUGAAAAUGAUUUCGCGAUCUAGUAUGGCUAUACUUUUCAUGCUUGCGAGAUUCAAUUCAAUGCGAGCUCAUCUUUUUAAUAUUAGUUGUUCCUCAGAAUAAUUCCCAUUUUUGAGGCUAGUUCAUUCAUGCUUAUCAAAGUUUGUGGUCAUAGAAAUAUGAUUUCCAUCGGCCGGACUGAUCGAUUUAAUAAUUCGUUAUUGGAUUUCUUACAUCCCUAUUUAUUGCAGCACGAAGUUUGCAAAUGUUACAAAGUCUGGCUUUGAGCGCUAUUUUAGAUUAUGCUUGCCUUAAAAACACACCCACAUUUAAUUGACUGACGACCAUCGAGUUAUCUAAUAUUACUUUAAAUAGGAUAAUAAUGCAUUAUCAUUAUCAUGGCUUUUAGGUUAUUUAGUUUUGAGUGGCGCUAUUCCAUUAUAUUUAUAAAGUUACAAUUCAGUUACAAAUGAUUUCAGUACGAUAGUGCCCGUACCUUUUUUCGACCACCCAUCCCAAGUUACAAUUCAUUAUCCCGUACCAUGUUUUGAUCAUCCAGUCCUAAAUUUGCACAUAAUAUUAGACUAUUUGCUGGUAAUUGUCGUGCCGUUGUGAGGACCAAUUUACUAGUCGGAGUGUGGUGUUGCAAUUAUUUCGAAGUGAUUUUACACAAUUUCCCGGGAAUGUUCCUGUGAAUCAGGUACAACUAAUAACGGCAUAUUUCUAAUUAGGUAAUUAGGUCGCCAUUCCUCAGUAAUUGAGUUAAUUAGUCAUCUACCUGCUGCUCUACGUGGUCAUUACCUAGUAACGGCGUUGCUAGGUAACUUAUAGUGCUGCUCUUUGAAUAUUUGAUGAGUGACAGCUUUUUUUCUUUUCUGCUUCUAUUCAUUCUUAACAUUUGCUGCUGUCAUGCAGUAAAAUGUGUUGUAAAUAAUUGUAAAUAUGAAACUGUAAAGUGUAUAUAGACGAAAAAUGAAUUAAUAAAGUUGAAAACCCAAA